AGGGUGCACCGUAUAAAGUGACCGAAAUUAAUCUAGCCAAAUGGAAGACAACAACAGGAAGCUUCAAGCGUCACUGUACUACCAUAGCUUCCCUUUUAAAUCGUUUUUUUUUUUUCUUUACAAGUCUGUUCUGAGCACAGUUUCUCUCGUUUAUUCUAUAUUUUCUCACUCUUGCACGAACUGUUCACAUGGAAACCUAGGAGGGCUGGAAGUAUUAAAAACAAGUGAUAAAAAAACUAAACAAUGCGCAUUUAUGCAUGAAUUUGGGGUGACAAGCCUCGCAGUCUUAAAGUUUGGUUGAGUCUGCUGUAAGUGCGUCCUCGUGAAGAAAACAGUAAAAUAAUUGUCGCGGGUGAAAAUUGAGCUUCAACGUGAAAAAAAAAGAUAAGACAAUGGAUUCAGAAGCCGAACCUCUUGUACCUAAAGCUCCACCGGAACAACCUCCGCCAGCACCGAAAGAACCAAAACCUCCGAAACCCGACACUUCUGCAGACACAGCGCAGGGUAAUUCAAAACCGACCACCGGAGGUAGCGAUGGCAAAGAGAAAGAGAAAGAGAAAGAGAAAAAAACGAUGUUUUCAGGGAUCAAGAAAACGGUGGCCCCUAAAGAAGUGCAGAAGGAAGAAAGAGUUCCAAACAAGGAAGAGACGAGCGAGGAAAACCACUCUCACGCCAAGAUCACGGCGUCACCAGACAGACACAAGUUCCCAAGUAACAAACCUGUAGACUUCCAGGUCCGAGUCCGAGUCAUCCAGGGCAGACAGAUAGCGGGAGCCAAUAUCAGCCCUGUUGUCAAGGUAACCGUUGGUAACCAGGCCAGGCAGACCAAGGUCAAGAAGUCUACGAACAGACCGUACUUUGACGAGAUGUUCUUCUUCAACUAUCAAGAAAUCGCCUCAACAUUCUUCGACAAUCUUAUAUCAUUUGAGGUGUUCAACUCACAGAAGCUCAGAGCUAACGCUUUGAUCGGAAGUUUUGAGAGCGACGUCGGCUUCUUUUUUGACCAACAAGAUCACAUGGUAAACAGGAAGUGGGUUCUACUCACUGACCCGGAAGACAAAAUGGAGGGAGCUAAAGGUUAUCUGAAAGUUACCGUGAUUGUUCUGGGGCCUGGGGAUGAGGCACCGGUGAUAAUUGACAAGAUUAACCACGAUGACGAAGAUGACUUGGAAAAUAAUUUGCUGCAGCCAGCCGGUGUGAUCAUGCGCACUUCGAUCUUCGCCUUGAAAGUCUAUCGAGCUGAAGACAUCCCCCAAAUGGACUCAUCGUUUGCUGAUAGCGUGAAAAAGGUUUUCAUGGGAGAGGCCAAUAAAGAACUUGUGGACCCAUACGUGCUGGUGUCGUUUGCUGGAAAACAGAGUAGAACCCGGUGCCACGAGAAAAGUGAUCAUCCGGAAUUUAAGGAAGAGCUAUUUGUGUCUUUUCGGCUCCCAUCGAUGUGUGAAAGACUCAAGAUACAGAUGUAUGAUUGGGACCGCUUUACCGCAGAUGACUGUAUAGGCACCGCCUACCUUCCUCUAUCCGCGAUAUCAGGACAGACUGAGGAAGAAGGUUUUCUGCCGACAUUCGGUCCUUGUUAUGUGAACUUCUACGGCUCCACAAGAGAGUACUCAGACUUACCGGACGAGUUUGACGACCUUAACCUAGGAAUUGGCGAGGGCGUGGCUUACAGAGGCAGGCUGUUAGUGGAGCUUGAGACCACGCUAGGAGAGAACGCGAUGAGCCCUUCAGAAGAUUUGGACGACGAGGACAUCAUUAGAAUUCAGCCGUUUCUGCGUCGACGGAAGUUCAAGCUGUUUGCAUGCUUUCUAGAAGCCACCAUGGUGGCCUGCCCUGACAGCUCGGUGCAGUUUGAGGUCAGCAUAGGUAACUAUGGUAACCGUCUUGACACGUCAGUCGAGCCCUCAUCAUCAUCCACGGCGGCGUGUAACCCGGUGUUUGAUGGCAGCUUCUACUAUUUCCUUCCCUGGUCGGACAGCAAGCCGUGUUGUAGCGUCGAGAGCCACUGGGAGGACAUUGCCUUUAGACUCGAGGCCUUCAACAUGCUGACACGAACACUAGAGAGGCUGCAAAAGAACAUGGAUAAAGUUGAACUUGCUCUGGAUGCUAAGAUGCCGGCACCUGAGCUGGCAGCCCUGGUCAUAGCACUUCUUGGAGAUCUCAUCCAAGACUGUCGUCGACCUCUUCCGGAAGUCUCAUCUAAAACUGCUGGUGCAAACGACCUCGACUUUAAAAAAUAUGCACAGAGGGAAAAGGAAAAGCUUGCGAUUGCUGAAGAGGCAAGAAAGCUGCGCGAUAAUGCCACAGAUAUUGAAGAAGCCAUGAAUGAGAUCGAAGGAUACCAGAAGAGACUUGAAUUAGUUGCAGUCGAGCCUCAGAACAGUAUGCCUGAUGUCGUCAUCUGGAUGUUAAACGGAAACAAACGUGUCGCCUACCACAGGAUACCCGCCUAUGAGGUGCUGUUUUCACAUAGUGAGCAGGCCCGAGGAAAGCAUUGCGGGAAGGUACUUUCGGUGUUCCUCAAGUACCCCGGCAAGAAGCAGUUCGACAUUGAAGAUCACCCCGAGGUUCCGUGUAAAAUUGACGUUGCUCUUUGGCUGGGAUUGGAAAAGGAUCAAGACGCGUGGACAGACCGCUCAAACACUGGAGGAGAGUUCAUCGUCUUCGCAGAAACGUACGAGAACAUGACGAAGUUUCUCGGCAAAUGGACCACAAAGUGUGCCGCCCGCCCCUCCUGGUCAAACUUAGAGGGAAACGAAAAACUGCUAAAGGAGAGUUUCAUUCCGCCGUUAGGCUGGCGAUGGGACGGAGACUGGUUUAUAGACCCUGAAAAAAGUGGCGGGUAUGACCAGGAUACUGGUCACAUGGUCUUCAUGGAAGAUCUGUUUGAAAACGAGGCUCGCUUGCCAGGAGGAAACUGGGAACCCGCAACAACCCCGUGGACAGACAUCCAUGGCAACGAGGCAGUUGAUAAGGACACAGUCACGUGUCCGGAAGGAUGGGACUGGAACCAAGAAUGGACCGUGGACAUGAACAGAGCUGUUGACGAAGAUGGGUUCGAGUACAGUGUGGACCCGAGUCUAGGUGCUUACGUCCCGGUGGAGAAGACCUAUCAUCUGAGCAGGCGUCGCCGCUGGGUGAGAACCAGGAAGGUGAUCAAGAAGAAACCGUCUAUUGAGCCCAAGAAAGAAAAAGAUCUGUUAGAGGGCGAUGGCUGGGAAUACGCCCCAGCAUUCUCCCUGCGCUUUCACAACAAGGAGCGAACUGUGGACUUGGUCAAGCGGCGUCGCUGGCAUCGGAAGAUGCUACAGGAAGACCCAACAGAGCCAGCCGUAUUCCAAAUGGAAGGAGGCAAUACUAGCACACCACGGAUGUUUAUCAAAUUCGAAAAGUAUCAGAAGUUUCAACUGCGGGUGUAUCUGUUCCAAGCAAGUGAUCUGUUAGCGGCGGACUCUGAUGGAUUAGCAGAUCCUUAUGCUCGAGUAGUGUUCCAGAAACAGAGCCAGACGACAUGCACAAAGUAUCACACUCUCUGUCCCAUGUGGGACCAAACACUAAUCUUCGAGGACGUGAUGAUCUACCGAACACAAGAGCUGGUAGUUGAAUCGCCACCAAAGAUUGUCAUAGAGCUCUUCGACAAAGACCAAGUGGGUAAAGACGAGUACAUGGGAAGAUGUGUCGCCACACCGGAAGUCAAACUGCACGGCCAAGGCCCACCAGCGCCACGCCUUCUAUGGUAUCCGGUGACAAAAGGAGAUAUGGAGGGAGGGGAGAUUCUGGCGGCCUUUGAGCUUUUCUUGGAUGAGGGCGCAGAUUUGCCUUAUUACCCUCCAAUGAACAAGGAUUUGUACAUGGUGCCAAGCGGCAUACGGCCUGUCGUACAGCGAACUGCAAUUGAGGUCCUGUGUUGGGGUGUGCGCAACAUGAAGAAGUUCCAACUCGCCAGUGUCUCUUCACCAAGCAUCGAAUUCGAAUGCGGCGGUCACGUGGUGAACUCUACCAUCAUCAAGAACACACAAAAGAACCCGAACUUCGACCAACCACUCUUCUUCUUCGACGUCUAUCUCCCAAAAGAAGAGUUGUAUACGCCUCCAAUGAACAUCAAGGUGCGUGACAACAGAUCGUUCGGGCGGCGUCCUAUUGUUGGCGUACACUGCAUCAACUCUUUGCAGCCCUUCCGUUGCGAGCCCAUGGAGCAGGAAGAUGAAGGGGAGAACGAAGAGUACAUCUCCACUGCGGCAGUCACAGUUUGUGAGAUGGAUGGCGAGGACAAGAAAAAAUCUAAAAAGCAACUGGUAACUACUGAGAUCGACUGGUGGUCAAAGUUCUACGCCUCAGUUGGCGAUACAGAAAAGGCGGAAGGUUACCUGGAAUCGGGAAACGAUACGCUCAUUGUUUACAGCAAAGAGCUUGAGCGACAAGAGGAGUUUAAAGGGUUCCAGGAUUUCGUGGUGACGUUUCCCGUGUAUCGUGGGAAAGCGGAGGACUAUGACGACCAGGCCUCUGUCGGCGAAUUCAAGGGCACGUUUCGCGUCUAUCCAUUGCCAAGCGACCCGGCCCAACCGUUGCCUCCCAAGAUACUCCGCAACCUCCCCUCUAGUGGACUCGUGGAGUGCAUCGUCCGUGUGUAUGUCUUGAGGGCGAUUGACCUUCAACCAAUGGAUUUGAAUGGACUUGCGGACCCUUUCCUGGUAGUCAAGCUGGGAAAGCACACGAUCAGCGAUAAGGAAAAUCACGUCCCCAACUCACUCAACCCCGUAUUUGGAAAAAUGUUUGAGCUGACAGCAUCUAUACCAAUCGCCAAAGACUUGAUUAUAACCGUGAUGGACUGGGACCUUAUCGGAAAGAACGAGGUCAUUGGCGAGACAACGGUGGACUUAGAGAAUAGACUGCUGACACGCUUCCGAGCGACCUGUGGGAUCCCACAAACCUACUGCAUUUCCGGGAUAAACCGAUGGAGAGAUUCCCAGAAGCCGCGAGAGAUCUUGGAUCAGUGGGCGGAAAACAUGGGUCGUGCAAAGCCCAGAUACUUCGGCAACACGAGGGCGUACUUUAACGGAAAGAUGUAUGCAUUAUCUGAUUACGAGGAGGAAUGCGAGCGUAAUUCUGAUCGCGGACCACCCGAUGAACGACUCGCUUUACACAUCCUGAAUGGGAUCCCUGUGGUGCCUGAACACGUUGAAACACGCGCACUUUACAGCUCACUGCAGCCAAAUAUGGAACAGGGAAAACUGCAGAUGUGGGUUGACAUUUUUCCGCGAGAGCUAGGUGAACCAGGGCCGCCGUUUGACAUAUCUCCACGGGUACCCCAAGAUUACGUGCUGCGGGUGAUUAUCUGGAACACAAGUGACGUCAUACUGGAGGAUAAGUCAAUCACAGGGGAGGCGAUGAGCGACAUUUACGUCAAAGGAUGGCUGGAUGGCAUCGACGACUUUCAGCGGACAGAUGUUCACUUCAGGUCCUUAGAUGGAACGGGGAACUUCAACUGGAGGUUCAUUUUUCCAUUCUCUUACGUACCCGCUGAGAAAAUCGUGGUGAUGAAGAAGAAGCGUCAUAUUUGGAGCCUGGAUACAACAGAAGAGAGGUUCCCGCCACGACUGAUCAUCCAGAUUUGGGACAAUGACAUUUUCUCCCCUGAUGACUUCCUGGGCCAACUAGAGCUCAACCUCGACCGAAUUCCAAAAGAAGCGAAGAGCGCGCGUUCCUGUGGGCUGAACCAGCUGCCGUCCAUCCCUCAGAAACAGAGACAUACGAUCGAAACUGUGUCUCUGUUCCAAAUGAAGAAGAUGAUGGGGUGGUGGCCAGUGCUGGCGCAGGAGGACGACCAAUAUUCACUUGCAGGAAAGGUGGAAAUGACGCUUGAGAUCGUCACAAUAGCAGAAGCAGAAGAGAGACCUGCAGGAAAAGCUCGAGCAGAGCCUAACGCCAACCCGACCUUGGAACCGCCCAACCGCCCCGCGACCUCUUUCUCGUGGAUCAGCUCUCCUUUCAAAAGCUUGUACUACAUAAUGUGGCGGAGAUAUGCCAUGACCAUCGUGGGGGCUCUAAUCUCUCUUCUUCUUCUACUACUGGUCGUACUUUUCGUCUACUCAAUGCCGGGUUAUGCCGUGAAAAAGCUGUUUGAAGCAUAGUGUGUUUGGAGUAUAACUAUUUCUUAUACCCACUUCCUUUUGAAACCAGCGGCUGUGGGGAAUGACCGACGCAUGCCGCUAUGGACAAGACAUUUUUUAUUAAGUUGUCACCAUGUAGCCAAAUCAACAUUCAAAUUCAAAUCUAAACAUCACGUGUAUGAAGCGGGUGUACCACAACAAAUAACGAUUGACUAUUAAAUAAAAGCCUCCAUUAUACUCCA